AUGGCGGCUCUCUAUUCUACUGCACUCGACCUUUUCGGUCUUUUUGGUAGCAAUCUGGCUGCGGCUGUGUCGGAGUUCGACAUAAGAACAAGCUGGGGUAAUCUUAGCCCCUACACCGACGCGCCGGGCUUUGGUAUUCCCAAAGGAUUUCCUGCGGGAUGUGAGCUGUCGCAGGUUCACGUACUUCAUCGCCAUGGCCAGCGAUACCCCACUCCAUAUCCUCUCGAUGGUGGGACCAUGGUGAUGUUCUCCCAGAAGCUGGCCAAUUACUCUAAAAAGAACCCGGACAUUAAGGUAGGCACCGGUCCACUGGAGUUCCUCGACAAUUGGCAGUUUACGCUUGGCUACGACGUGCUACUGCCCCAAGGUGCGGCUACAGAAGCUGCGGCUGGCGCACAGUUCUGGAGCGUGUAUGGUCACCUGCUGUACCGUGCUGGUCUUGGUGAUGCUUCAUAUGAUCCAUCGUUAAACGUGUAUCCCAACGGCACGGCUCGUCCCAAGCCCACUUUUCGCACGACGUCGAAGUCUCGCAUAGUUGACAGUGCUCGCUGGUGGUUGAGUGGUUUCUUUUCCAAAGCGGGUGCCGACAGCUCUUCCUCGGAGUAUGAGCUGACCAUUAUCCCCGAGCAGGAUCAUUUCAACAACACCCUGUCCCCGAGGUCUACUUGCACAAAUGGCAGUUUUGUUGGAUAUAGCGCGGCUGAGACUUUCGGCAAAUCGAUAAUAAACGGUGCUCUCGAACGGUUAUCUCAGUUCUUACCCCACGGCUUCGGCCUUGAUUCCAUGGAUGUCCAGGCCAUGUUCAGCUUAUGCCCUUACGAGUAUGCGGCUCUCGGCCAGUCAUCCUUCUGCUCUCUGUUCACAGAACAGGAAUGGCGCGACUUUGAGUAUUUACUCGACCUGAGUUUCUACGGCAGCCCCAGCGGCCGCGCCAACGGUAUCGGCUACGUUCUGGAAUUGGCUGCACGUUUACAGUCACGUUUGAUCAUGAGUAGCGAUGCUGCUUUCAAGGCUGGUUCCCAUGGUUUGCCAACCUCCGUCCCCCACGCACCUCCUCACAACCGCUUUCAUAUGAGCCAGAUCGCGCCCUUUGGCGGCCGCCUGUUCACUGAAGUCUGGACGUGCCCUAAGGAUGUAAACCUAGGUCGUCUCCAGGAUCAAAUGUACGAGAAUCCGAAUCUUUCGUCUCGGUCAGAUGUGACUGGAUAUGUCCGUUUUGUGCUGAACAAUGCGCCUGUUCCGUUAGAUGGACUGUGCGACAACGCUGACAAUGGAUUUUGUCCACUUGACCACUUCCUAAGCAAUGUGCUGACUCUGAACAAGGAGGCUUUGUACCAGAAGGCGUGCUUUGGAAAUUACAACAUUCCAACUCAAGUCGCCAACGGCCAGCCUAUUCAGACUUGA